UCCUAUAUGUGUGUGCAGCUGACAAAAUUUAGACAGAGAAAUCACCUUCCUGGAUGAUCCUCGGUGCCUUCUGCACUGCAACUCUGCUGAGAAUAUUCUGCCUUGAGGGAUUUCUUUGUUUUUCUGCUUCUGAUUUCCCCCUUUCUUAGCUGUAGUACAGCCGUACCAAUUGAGCUUGCUAGUGCAGAAAGAUGUUGUGAAUUCAGUUGCUGUGAAUGAGCCUGGCCUGAUUGCAUACACGAAUGUUCCUAGAGGCAUGCUAAACAGUCGCAGGUGGAUCUAACCUGAUCUGCUCUACAACGCAACGAUAUGUGUCACAAAGAUGUCUACACGGAACUGCCAAGGAAUGGAUUCUGUGAUCAAACCACUGGACACAAUUCCAGAAGACAAAAAAGUCAGAGUUCAAAGGACACAGAGCACUUUUGAUCCCUUUGAGAAGCCAAAUAACCAAGUCAAGAGGGUCCAUUCAGAGAACAAUGCCUGCAUUAAUUUCAAGACAUCGUCUACUGGGAAGGAAUCUCCUAAAAUCAGACGACAUUCCAGUCCUAGCUCUCCAACAAGUCCCAAGUUUGGGAAAGCAGACUCUUAUGAAAAACUGGAAAAACUAGGUGAAGGUUCAUAUGCCACAGUAUACAAAGGCAAAAGCAAAGUGAACGGAAAACUUGUAGCACUGAAGGUGAUAAGACUUCAAGAGGAGGAAGGAACUCCCUUUACAGCCAUCAGAGAAGCUUCUCUCUUGAAAGGUCUAAAACAUGCCAAUAUUGUGCUGCUUCAUGAUAUCAUCCACACAAAGGAGACGCUGACACUUGUGUUUGAGUUUGUGCAUACUGAUUUAUGUCAGUACAUGGACAAACAUCCUGGAGGACUUCAUCCAGAGAAUGUGAAGUUAUUUUUAUUUCAAUUGCUGCGAGGACUUUCAUACAUCCACCAGCGUUACAUUUUGCACAGGGACCUGAAACCCCAAAACCUUCUGAUCAGUGACACUGGGGAGUUGAAGCUGGCAGAUUUUGGACUUGCAAGAGCCAAAUCUGUCCCCAGUCACACGUACUCCAAUGAAGUCGUUACCCUGUGGUACAGACCUCCAGAUGUCCUCUUAGGCUCAACAGAGUAUUCUACCUGCCUUGAUAUGUGGGGAGUCGGAUGUAUUUUUGUAGAAAUGAUUCAAGGUGUUGCUGCAUUUCCAGGAAUGAAGGACAUUCAAGAUCAACUUGAAAGAAUAUUUUUGGUACUUGGAACCCCAAAUGAAGAUUCAUGGCCUGGAGUUCAUUCACUCCCCCAUUUCAAGCCAGAUCGCUUUACACAGUACAGUCCUAAAAACCUUAGACAAGCCUGGAACAAGCUAAGCUAUGUGAACCAUGCAGAGGAUCUGGCCUCCAAAUUACUCCAGUGUUUCCCAAAGAACAGAUUGUCAGCACAAGCAGCUCUGAGCCAUGAGUAUUUCAGUGAUCUGCCCCCACGGCUAUGGGAGCUAACCGACAUGUCUUCUAUUUUUUCUGUACCGAAUGUAAGACUAGAACCAGAGGUUGGAGAAAGCAUGAAAGUCUUUGGAAAAAACAAUAUUUAUGGCAAAGGUUUAUCAAGCAUAAAGCACUGAAGCAUAUUGAUUUCCCUCAAAUAAUUCAGGAAUUGAGGUCACCAGACUAGAGAAGAGAAAGAAAACGUAACGAGAGAGCCAGUACUAUGUGACGACGCCAUGGCCUUGUUGUCUUUCUCAGUGGUGGAUUGCAGUCACAAGAAAAAUGUUGCUGGCAAGAUCUUGUUCCCCUUCCCCUCUUCAUUUAUUUAAAAUAUUGCACGUACUUUGAUCCUUUGUGAUUUUGGAGACCUCUGUGGAAAUUAAGCCUUUUGCUUAAUAAUAAGUGGCAUGUUCUUUUCUUCCAGCUUAUUAUAUUUGAUUUUAUUUCAUUUCCCCACUGCACCACAACACCACUGUGAAGAUUUUUAUGCCUUCACCAACAGCGUACUAAAUACAUUAGCUCUGGUGUUCACACUUCCUCAGUAACAAGUAAAAGCCAGUCAUGGCAUGAAACAAUUUGUAUGUUUACUGAGAACAAUUCCACAUAUUUCUCAAUUUGUCAGAAAUGUAUAUUAAGUCAGAGCAAAGCUGGCAAUUUGUAUCUUAUAACUAUGCCCAUUUAUUACUGCUAGGAUAUAUCACGUUCCAUGGCAAUAAGUGUGUUUUGAUUAGAAAUUUUAAAUUGAGGUAUGUUGCCUAUGUUCCAUAACUUGGCAGACUUCAAAACAGAUAUCCAGUGGUAAUAUAUAUAAUAUUAUUGAGUACUUCAAAUAUUCUAGACCCUUUUUAGAAAUGGAAAAGGGGUUUUCUUUUCGUUUCUUGGUUUUUUUUUUUUUUUGGCUGCUCUGUGGUUCCUUUACCUUUUCACGUAACUUAAUUCAAAGAUAUUUUUUAAGAAGGAAAAUAGAGAAGAUGAAGGAAAAAUGAGUUUACACUAGGAUAAGCACUAUGGUAUAGAAACUUUAGUUGCUGAAUGAGCCAUUUUGAAGAAUAAACUAGUUUUGAAUAGUCAUCUGAAUUCCAAAUAUUUGCUCUUCCAAACCAAAGCAUUUUUCCAGUUAUUUUUCUAAGAUGGUCAGAUAUGAUUGGAAAAUGCCACUGGCUACUGCAUUGUCAAACAGUCCUGUUCACAAACAUUGUUCACUAUUUUAAAAAGUAAGUGUAGUUGUGAAGGAAGAAAGGACUUCUGCUCUCCUUGUUUUGAAGGUGGGAGAAAGACAGGACCUACAAGGAUCUUAAGGGUAGUGGCUAUUUUGGCCUACCACACACCAUCCCUAACAUGAUUAAUAUAAUGGUGUGAGAAGAGGAAUGGAGCAGAUCUGAAAAAUAAAUUAGGCAUGCUUGUAGUGGGAAUAGCUCAGUAAUUUUAUUCAACACAAAACGUAUCUUUGCCAACCAGGUACAUUAGCUGCCUAAAAACACAUCUAUUUUUAUAACACAUUUAUUACAGUGUCUAAGGCUUUGUUAGAAAGGAGGAAACAAUUAUAUAGGAUUCAUUCUGAAGUUCUUUCUUAAAUUGUUUAUUCAGAAUUGCUUAGAUUUGGCUAAUAUAUGAUUUGUGGAAAACUUAUUUUUGGCUUAAGGACACAAUGGUACAUCAUAUUCUGCUGUGAUUCUACUGUUCCCAGUUCACAAAUCAAAAUAUAACAAGAACAGUUUCCUCUCCCAAUUACUUCUAAAGCUUUCAAGUUUCCCAAAUUGAUUUUCUAUAUCUUUAGAAACAAAUAAUCACAAAAUUGAACACAUUAUGAACAAAGCAAAAAUGCCUUAACAACAAAUUGCUAUGAGUUUUAUACUCAACCUUUUGUAUGUGAUUUCUUUGUCAGGUUUGGUCAUAUAUUUGGUUUGAUGCUUCAAGAUGAGGAUCACUUUUUUUAAAAAAAGAUUUCCGUUCUUGCAAAAUGGGAGGAAUCUUCGAGAAUGUAAUAAAUGUUUCAGUUAAGAAAAUUAAGGUAGAGCCUCUGUAUCUCUUUUGUAGUUUAAGGAGUAAGAGGGGAAACUCCACUCCCAUUGAAGUAUCUGAUGAUUUGAUGGAGAGAGUUCUACUGAAAUGCUCGCUUCCUGUGCCUAGAACCUUACUAUCCAAAAUAAAUCAAACAUUCAGGGCUUCUGCUUAGGUUUUGUGAGUGUGUGUAUGUGUGCACACUCUCAACCUUUUUUUCUUUUUCAAAAACAGCCAUUGAUUAUCUUGAACAUUCUGGCCAAUAAUAUUCCAGCUAUCACCCCAAAAUUCUGACCAUCAGUUCCCACUCCAGACACAACACUUCGAAUUCUUAUUUUUAAUCCAGGAGUCAUGGGUUGGCUCAGGGAAAGGACUGGUGUAAGAUUCUAACAAUUCUUUUGUCAUCUUGCACAGACCAGCUGAUUAAGCCCUAGUUCUCAAUGUAGAGGAAAGGUUUUCCUGCCUAGCCUAAACACAAAAAGAAACCAUUGGAACUCAUUGCUGUUGGAGGCACUGGCUUCCGCCGUGCCCCCUCCCACAACGCAAUCAGAAACCAGUUUUACCCAAAGAGGUGGGCACAGCCAGUGUAGUAGAACAAAGUGAAAGACGCAGGCUAACCAGACAAUGAGGGUUUGUGGGAUAGUUUUCCAUGGAUAUAAAACAUGCAUUUAAAAGCAACACGACACUGUGUGACAGUUUAAAAUUCACAUGUAUAUUUUCCAGAAAGGAUUGGUGACCAGAGUACAUUUUCUCUUAAACUUUUUCUGUAGAACCCACGUGGAUUUGAAUUUGAGCAUCAUUUGCGUCCCUUGACAGAAAUAAUUUUAAAAGCAUACAUGAGAAAGAAAACGCACCACUGGUAAAAGGCCUAUAUUUAGGUCUGGAUUUUUUUCUUAAAGGUGUUGAGAAUCUCACAUUACUCUUUGUAGUGGUUCUGCUUUGAUUUUAGAGGGGUACUAUUUUAAUGUCCAACACAAGCUUUAACCUGAAAUAUCUUCCAGUGUCUGAAAUGUUUCUGAAGGCCUGUCAAACUCCACAGCUGGCUGAGGUUGGAUAUCUUUUCUCAUAGUUCCCUACGUGGCUAUUUCACCAUUUUAAUGAUUCUUUUAAAAGCCAUUCAGGCAAAACCACUAAUUCUCAGAACUCUUUUUUGAGAACGUGAAAGCAGUUCAGGAUGGCCUUGAGCAUUACAUGCAAGGUUUUACAUUUUGUGACUGUUUCCAUCACCAGCUGAGAGCAAGGUCUCUUUGCAUCUGAACCUUGUGCACAUGAUUGGAGGAAGGGGAGCGUUGGCCUUUCAGCAUUAGCAAGACCUGAACAAAACAAGUAGCUAUAUAUACGGUACCAUUUGCACUUGCUGCCCCCUACAAAAUAAUAUUAUAUUAUGUGAUGUCUGAAAGCUGCUCUGAAUCUUUCAAGAUUGCAACAAGAGCUAAAAUUCAGUUGUCUCCUCAUUCUAGGUACUUGAAACAGAACAAUCAUAUUCCCAAUUUUCUAUUUAUAUACCAAUAACAGUGACCUAGUUCAUAUGCUGUUAAGUAACAUGCAUGCUGAUUUCAUACUAGGAUGUCAUACCAUUCCAGAUAUGCACUUAAUAAUUGCAUAGAAUCUUAUUAGACCCACAUAAGUGAGCAUAAAUGCUACCUACAGUAUGUGAUUCAACCAUUCCACAUGUUGUUGUCCUUCAGAUUUUAUCAGAAUGGCCAAAAAGGCAACAAUUCAGCCUGAACAAAGAAACAAAAGCCAUGCUGGUUUGGUAAUGUAUGGAUUAGUCCUCUGUGAUUUACAGAAGUGAAAUAGCUUUCCUAUUCUAUACAGUUGCCCUAAAUAAGUUCCUAUUUGUUUUAAUGGGUAUAACUGUGAGAAUAUGGAAGGCGGUUCAGAUACUGUAAGGCAGGGAUGACAAAUGUGCUGGAUUCCAAAUCCCUUCCUCCAGGAAUCUAGCAACAUCUGGAGGGCUAUAGAUUUCCUUUCCUUACUAUAAAAGAAACAAUUAUGAGAAGACAUAUGAGAGAUAAAAAAGAUAGUAAUAAAAAUUAUCUUUACAGCAGUUUCAAUCACAUAAACAAAUAUAUUGAAUCAAAAUAUGGUAGGAGUUUACUUGCAUGAUUUCUCCUUCAGAGCAGCUGUAUCAAACAUCCACAACAUCUUGGCCUUUUAAUAGUAUUGUCAUUACUGUAUUUGAUUACGUCAUAUCCUCGAGAUGGUUUUUAAAAUAGGUGGUUAAAUAGCACAGGAAAGUACAGAGUAGACUUGGUUGCCCAGUCUUCCUUCAAAUACAUAAAAGAUAUGCAUAGACAUUUCCUUUUCUUUCUAGUUUAACUUAGGUCAAGUCUUUCAUCUCUCUACCGAGGGCAGUAGAUCUUAACCAGAAUCCUGCUGCUGAUUUGUGUGUGCAUAAGGGAAAUGACAUAAGUCACAGUGGCAAAUCGCCACUCUUUAAUGCGCUGAUUGUAUUAUUGGGCAUGCCCAAAAAAAUUCAGCUCCCUUCUCAGUGAAGCACACACCAUAACUUGUUAAUGAGUAGCAAUUUGCCACCAAGACUUAUGUGAUUUCCCAUACACAACUACUGUAUAAAUCAGUGACAGGAUUCUGAACAUUAAGCGCAGUCUUUUCAAUGUCCUUCAUACAAGCCUAAGGUAUCACCAGUUUUAUAACUCGAUAUGAUUACUGGCAUUUAGACUGUACAGAUUGGAACAGAAUAUAAAUAAACAAAAUUAUGUUCCAUUGUUGACCAUAACGAUGGCCUUCUCUCUUGAUGUGGAGGUAAAUAUAUAUAUUGUUGCCUUGCAAUAUUCUUCAAAGCAAAAAUUGAAAAGAUGCACUAAUUAUUCCAAAAUCCUGUUCUCCCCACCCCCACCCUGAAAACCCCUGAACUUCUGUAAUGCUACAAAGAAAAUCUUUCCUUGCUGGGGUUCUUUAUAUAAGGCACAAAAAGGUGCUCUUUUUAACAGGGGUUUGGUACUCAAACAAUGUUAAUAUAAAAUAUGUAUACAUACGUAUAGCCACAUACUUUAGAAUGACAGCUUAGUAAGCGGUAUGGUUAAAUAAAUGUUGCAUUGUUUGUUUUCAACAUGCAGUUUGUCUGUAUUAUGAAAAAUGUAAUGGUUUGUCAGGUGUUAACUGUUUUCAUGUAAAAUGAUAUUUAAUAAAAUGUA